GUAAAUUGGUGUCUUUUUCGACGGAAGCAAAGGUACGUCAUUGAUGGUGGGUACGUUGAUCUGUGGGCUACGUUUUCAUUAUCAGUGAUCAAUGAUAUUGAUUCCAGGUCCAUGGCAUUAAUGUUAUGUGCAUAGCAUCUAAAUAAAGCAAGAUGUAUUCACCCCUCUUUGUCUGGCUGCUGCCAUUCACCACACUUCAUGCUGUAAUGUGGCAGGCAGCUGGUGCGUCGGCCGCCGCGGCCGAGCUCAACCUGGGCCGACGGCCGGUGCUGCUGGACAGUGCUGUCUGCGAAUGUGACCUGACAGGCGCGCGGUGCGACCCUCACUGCUGCUGUGACCCGGACUGCGCCGACACCGCCGCUCCCUGUCCGCGUGCCGACCGGCUGGGACCGCCGGCCGUGCACCGGUGCUCGGCCGCCAACCGACCCCCAUGGCACUCCGUGUUCUGCGUGGUGGCCGACAACUCGCCGUUCCUGGGCAGCUUCCACAAGUUGGCGCCGGCCGCCGACCUGUCGCUGUUUUCACCGCCUCUGCGCCGUGCAUGA